GUGGGAUGCUGACCACCCGACGCUUCGCCGAUCGCACGCCGCACCGUUCAGCACGCUGAAAACGUUUUGUUAUCGCCGCCCGUUCCUUUUUUACGCUCCUUAUUGUAAGAUCACCGCCGGAGUACCAUCGCAUUCGCAUCACACGACGAAACUGAGGGCUGAAGCCGAUCCUCCGAAGCUGAGAAAGAGAGAAGCACGCCCCAAGUGCUUCGCCCCCGCGACGCGUUUGUAAACAGUGACGAGAAUGCGGAUAGCGGUGUUCACUGUCUUGCUCAAUGUCCUCGGCAUCAUUCACGGGCUCAAGGUUUACGAAGCCAAUCCCGAUACGAAGAGGCUCUACGAUGAUUUACUGUCCAACUAUAAUAGACUGAUACGUCCUGUUAUUAAUAAUACGGAGACUCUGACCGUCUGGCUGAUGUUGAAGUUGUCGCAAUUGAUAGAAAUGAAUUUAAAGAACCAAGUGAUGACAACGAAUGUCUGGGUGGAGCAGAAAUGGUUUGACUACAAAUUGCAGUGGGAUCCGCAGGAAUACGGCGGUGUGGAGAUGUUAUACGUGCCUUCCGAAAAUAUAUGGCUUCCAGACAUCGUGCUGUACAACAACGCGGAUGGGAAUUACGAAGUGACGCUGAUGACGAAAGCCACGCUGAAGUAUACCGGCGAGGUAUUCUGGAAACCACCGGCCAUUUACAAAUCGUCCUGCGAGAUCAACGUGGAAUAUUUUCCGUUCGAUGAGCAGUCGUGCAUCAUGAAAUUCGGCUCGUGGACGUACAACGGUGCUCAGGUGGACCUGAAGCAUAUGAAGCAAGUGCCUGGUAGCAAUGUCGUCUCGAUCGGUAUAGAUCUCACCGAUUUCUAUCUGUCAGUGGAAUGGGAUAUUCUGGAAGUACCAGCAGCGCGCAACGAGGAAUAUUACCCGUGUUGCGAAGAACCUUAUUCAGAUAUUACAUUCAACAUCACGAUGAGGAGGAAAACUCUAUUUUAUACCGUCAAUCUGAUUAUUCCAUGCGUCGGCAUCACGUUUAUGACGGUGCUAGUUUUUUACCUGCCUAGCGACUCCGGUGAAAAGGUGUCACUGUGUUCCUCCAUUCUUCUCUCACUGACGGUGUUCUUCCUGCUGUUAGCCGAAAUCAUUCCGCCGACAUCGCUCGCCAUACCUUUGCUCGGGAAAUACUUAUUGUUCACAAUGAUUUUAGUCACCUUGUCCAUUUGGAUCACCGUCUGCGUCUUAAAUGUGCAUUUCCGAUCGCCUUCCACGCAUAACAUGUCGCCGUGGGUGAGACAAGUGUUUCUAAAUUGGAUGCCGAGGGUGUUGCUGAUGCGUCGCACACCGUACUCUACGCCCGAAUACGACGACACUUACGUGGAUAACGGAUAUACCAAUGAAAUAGAUUUCAGCGUGAGCGACUAUCCGCUGGAAAUUAAAGGAAGCCCAAACAGAUUCGACACCGUCACCUCGGUGUACAAAAUUAGGGACGACGAUGCACGGCACAUACCACACGCGUCAGUUACUGACAGCGAGAACACAAUGCCGAAACACUUAUCCCCGGAUGUUAUAUUAGCUCUCAAGGGAGUACGUUUUAUUGCUCAGCAUAUAAAAGACGCGGACAAAGAUAAUGAGGUCAUAGAGGAUUGGAAAUUCGUGUCUAUGGUCUUGGACAGAUUCUUUCUUUGGGUGUUUACGUUCGCGUGUUUCGGCGGCACACUGGGCAUAAUUUGUCAGGCGCCCAGUCUAUACGACAAGCGGGAACCCGUGGACCAACGACUCUCCGGUAUAUCAUUGCGCAAUUACAUGUACCCGCCAGGUAACGGGACUUCCUUCCAGGAAGAAUAAGUCUACUAAGGCACAGAUCAAGUUGUCUCGCAGACUGUACGUGGGAGAGAAGUAAACGGGCACGUUACAUCGUACGCGUCAUCGCUGAAACUACUACGUUUGGCACCUUCGCCCCGCUCGUCUCCACCAGAAAAUUUAUCCAUAUUUUUUAACGAACAUAACUUCCGGGAGAAGAGAGAUAUCGAAUUAUUCAUCACAACGAAGAACAAGUACACCGACACUGUCUUAUUGAAUAAACGCGCUCGUCACGAUGAUAUGUAUCGUUUGGAACAAGAGUGAAGCAAAUUGAUCUCUAUAGAUUCCUUCGAAUACCUCUAUUCCUACAAUUAUAUACUGCGAAUCCUCUUGUCAAUUACUUCACUUUCGUUCUGAACGCAAAUGGAUACUCCUUAUUGUCAGAUAAUCCGACGUGUUUUCUGAAUUAACAUAAAGAUUAAUAUUGCCAUUGUCUAUUGAAACACGCAGGAAGAACUUACUGGAUCUACCAACCGAUAUUUACAUGUAUUCGUUUUUCCACUUAAGAAGAUCUUCCGAAACGAAAUACUAGAUAUUAUAUACGAGAAUUACAGAUUAGGCUAUAGUUUAAGCGAUUUAUUAACCCUGAUCAAGUUAAACACACUUCUCACACGAUGAAUUUAAUUAAUGACGAUGACAGCACAAUGAUAUCACACUGAGAAAGAGGUGUGCGUACGAGCAAAGCACGAAACAGAUUGCAUAUGCAAGAUCUUAUGUCAAGGUUAAUAAAAGGCUUAUGCUACAAAAGAUGGAGGUAACUUUAUUUUCAUUUACGUUACAUAUGGACCAAUCUCUCUUAAAAUAGUGAAAAUUGUAUUAAAAUACUUGCUUAUCUCAGUCAGAUCGGAUCUUGAUUUUUUAGCACUAAAUUCAGUUCACCAAGUGAAGUCGAUGAAGCAUGAGCUGUAUUUAUAAUCUCGGAAUGCAAUGCAGUGAGUAAAGAGAGUUAUAAAAGAAA